AUGUCGUCCAUCUUCCGCAGCACUUCCGGUCCCAAGCUUCUCUGCAGCGGUCCGCGCCUCCUCCGCACCGCCGCCGGCCCCAAACUUCUGGCGCGCCCGCUCUCGUCCGGCCCAAAGCUCCUCCGCACUGGCCCAAAACUCUUGUGCACCGGCCCAAAACUCCUCGCCCGGCCCAUGUCCGUCGCUACAACUCCUGCGGCGACAUCACAAGGCGCUGCUGCCGCCGCCGUGGAGGCCGCGCAGAGUACCGCGAGUUCGAAGGAACAGAAGGAGUCGAUGGACAAAUGGCGUGGUUACGAGUCUGAUGCCGAGCGUGAGGCUCUGCGCGCGGCAGAAGAGAGCGUCAAGUGGGCUUGGUCCAGGACGUGA